GUGCCCAGACACCAUGCCAGAAUCCUGUACACCUGACACUGGGAGGAAGUAGAAGACUUCCUUGUCUCCUCUGCUCCCCGUCCUCACCAUGUCUUCGACUCAGGGCAAUGGGGAACACUGGAAGUCCCUGGAGUCGGUGGGCAUCAGCCGCAAGGAGCUGGCCAUGGCCGAAGCCCUGCAGAUGGAGUACGACGCGCUGUCCCGGCUCCGGCAUGACAAGGAGGAGAGCAAAGCCAAGCAGAACACAGACUCCUCUCUCAUCAGCUGGGAUGAGCCUGUCCUAGACUUCUACAGCAAGCCGGCAGGAAGGCAGAAGGACCUCAAACUCUUACGUGGUCUUUCUGGCUCCGAUCCUACCCUCAAUUACAACUCACUCUCCCCACAGGAAGGGUUAUCCAACCACUCUACCUCCCAGGGCUCCCAGCCUGGCCCGGAUCCCUGGCCAAAAGGCUCUCUGGCUCAAGACUAUCUCUACAUCUUUGAUGGUUCAGAUGAGGGGCUCUCUUUGUCCCCGGGGGACAUAGGACUGGGGGACAUAGAUGGCUCUUCCAAGAAACUGUCCCCACCUCCUCUGCCUCCCCGUGUCUCUAUCUGGGACACCCCUCCGCUGCCUCCCAGAAAGGGGUCUCCCUCAUCCUCUAAGAUCUCCCAGCCCAAUGACUUCAACACGUUCUCUUUGGUGGAGCAACCUCCAGGCAAACUGCUGGGGCGUCGCAUCCUAGAGGAGGAAGAGGAGCGGGGGGGCGGGGGUCCGGGGCGCCUCCUGGGGCCUGUGGACUAUGACGGUAUCAAUGAUGCGAUCACGCGGCUCAACCUGAAGUCCACCUACGAUGCGGAGAUGUUGCAUGACACCACCAGGGGCUGGAAGGAGGGCCGGGGGCCCCUGGACUUUGGCGGCAAGGACACUCCUGGGAAACCUGUGGCCCGGAGCAAGACCAUGCCCCCUCAGGUGCCGCCGCGCACCUAUACCUCCCGCUAUGCCAAUGGGAAAAAUAAGACCCCGGGCAAGAACCGCCGGAUUUCCGCCACACCGGUGGACUCACGGCGCCAUGCUGUUGCCAAUGGCCAUGAAUUGUUUGAGGUCUCAGAGGAAAGAGAUGAGGAAGUUGCUGCGUUUUGCCACAUGCUGGAUGUCCUUCGAUCUGGCUCUGACAUCCAAGACUACUCCCUCACCGGAUAUGUCUGGAGUGCUGUCACCCCGAGCCCAGAGCACCUCGGGGAUGAGGUCAACCUGAAGGUGACCGUGUUGUGUGACAGCCUACAGGAGCCACUCACUUUUACCUGCAACUGUUCUUCCACUGUAGACUUGCUCAUCCACCAGACUCUGUGCUACACCCAUGAUGAACUGAGGGAUGUGGACGUGGGGAACUUUGUGCUGAAGCCCUGUGGGCUGGAGGAGUUCCUGCAGAAUAAGCAUGCCCUGGGCAGCCACGAGUACAUUCAAUAUUGCCGCAAGUUCGACAUCGACAUUCAGCUACAGCUGAUGGAGCGGAAAGCUGUACGCAGUGACCUGGCCCGGACGGUGAAUGAUGACCAGAGCCCCUCCACCUUGAACUACCUCGUCCAUCUGCAAGAGAGGCCAGUCAAACAGACCAUCAGCAGGCAGGCCCUGGAUCUUCUGUUCGACACAUACCAUAAUGAAGUGGAUGCUUUCCUGCUGGCUGAUGGGGACUUCCCACUGAAGGCCGACAGGGUGGUCCAGUCCGUCAAAGCCAUCUGCAAUGCCCUAGCCGCCGUGGAGACCCCUGAGAUCACCAGCGCCCUCAACCAGCUGCCCCCCUGCCCCUCCCGCAUGCAGCCGAAAAUUCAGAAGGAUCCCACUGUCUUGGCUGUGAGGGAAAACCGAGAGAAGGUUGUGGAAGCUCUGACAGCCGCCAUCUUGGACCUGGUGGAGCUAUACUGCAGCACGUUUGAUGCGGACUUCCAGACGGCCGUGCAUGGGAGCCGCAAGCACGAUCUGGUCCAGGAGGCCUGCCAUUUCUCUGGGCCCCUGGCCUUCACUGUCUAUGCCACCCACCGCAUCCCCAUCACCUGGGCUACCAGCUAUGAAGAUUUCUACCUCUCCUGCUCCCUCAGCCAUGGCGGGAAGGAACUAUGCAGCCCCCUGUACACCCGAAGGGCUCACUUUUCCAAGUACCUCUUCCACCUCAUCAUCUGGGACCAGCAGAUCUGCUUCCCUGUGCAGGUGAACCGGCUGCCUCGGGAGACCCUGCUGUGUGCCACACUCUACGCUCUGCCCAUCCCCUUGCCUGGGAGCUCCUCAGAGGCCAAUAAGCAGCGGCGUUUGCCGGAAGCCCUGGGCUGGGUCACUACCCCACUCUUCAACUUCAGGCAAGUCCUGACCUGUGGUCGGAAGCUUCUGGGCUUAUGGCCAGCAACACAGGAAAACCCCAGUGCCCGUUGGAGCGCACCUAAUUUCCACCAGCCAGAUAGCGUCAUCCUGCAGAUCGACUUCCCCACCUCAGCCUUCGACAUCAAGUUCACCAGCCCCCCUGGAGACAAGUUCAGCCCCCGCUAUGUGUUUGGCAGCCUCCGGGAGGAAGACCAACGUGUGCUUAAGAACAUCAUGCAGAAGGAGUCCUUGUACUGGCUCACCGAGGCUGACAAGAAGCGCCUGUGGGAGAAGCGAUACUAUUGCCAUUUGGAGGUGAACUCCCUCCCCCUGGUGCUCGCCAGCGCCCCCAGCUGGGAGUGGGCUUGCUUGCCCGACAUCUAUGCUCUCCUGAAGCAGUGGACCCACAUGAAUCACCAGGAUGCCCUGGGGCUCCUGCAUGCCACCUUCCCGGACCAGGAGGUGCGAAGGAUGGCCGUCCAGUGGAUUGGCUCGCUGUCGGACGCUGAGCUCCUCGACUACUUGCCUCAGCUUGUGCAGGCCCUGAAGUACGAGUGUUACCUGGACAGCCCCUUGGUGCGCUUCCUCCUGAAACGAGCCGUCUCUGACUUGAGAGUGACUCACUACUUCUUCUGGCUCCUGAAGGACGGCCUCAAAGACUCUCAGUUCAGCAUCCGCUACCAGUACCUGCUGGCAGCCUUGCUGUGCUGCUGUGGCAAGGGCCUGAGAGAGGAGUUUAACCGCCAGUGCUGGCUCGUCAAUACCCUGGCCAAGCUGGCCCAGCAGGUCCGAGAGGCCGCCCCAUCUGCGCGGCAGGGGAUCCUCCGCACGGGCCUGGAGGAGGUGAGGCAGUUCUUUGCCCUGAUCGGCUCCUGCCGCCUGCCACUCAGCCCUAGUCUGCUGGUUAAGGGCAUCGUGCCCAGGGACUGUUCCUACUUCAACUCCAAUGCUGUCCCUCUCAAGCUGUCCUUCCAAAAUGUGGAUCCACUGGGCGAGAACAUCCGUGUCAUCUUCAAGUGUGGGGACGACCUUCGCCAGGACAUGCUAACCCUGCAAAUGAUUCGCAUCAUGAGCAAGAUCUGGGUCCAAGAGGGGCUGGACAUGCGCAUGGUCAUUUUCCGCUGCUUCUCCACUGGUCGGGGGAGAGGGAUGGUGGAAAUGAUCCCCAAUGCCGAGACGCUGCGCAAGAUCCAGGUGGAGCACGGGGUGACUGGUUCCUUCAAGGACCGGCCCCUGGCAGACUGGCUGCAGAAACACAACCCCGGGGAGGACGAGUAUGACAAGGCUGUGGAGAACUUCAUCUACUCCUGUGCCGGCUGCUGUGUGGCCACGUACGUCCUGGGCAUCUGUGACCGGCACAAUGACAAUAUCAUGCUGAAGACCACCGGCCACAUGUUCCACAUAGACUUUGGCCGCUUCCUGGGCCAUGCUCAGAUGUUCGGCAACAUCAAGCGGGACCGUGCCCCCUUUGUCUUCACCUCGGAUAUGGCGUAUGUCAUCAACGGGGGUGACAAGCCUUCCAGCCGCUUCCAUGAUUUUGUUGACCUUUGCUGCCAAGCCUACAACCUCAUUCGCAAGCACACCCACCUCUUCCUCAACCUCCUGGGCCUGAUGUUGUCCUGUGGGAUCCCCGAGCUCUCAGACCUGGAGGACCUCAAAUAUGUGUAUGAUGCUCUAAGGCCUCAGGACACAGAAGCCAAUGCUACUACCUACUUCACCAGGUUGAUUGAGUCCAGCCUGGGCAGUGUAGCCACAAAGCUCAAUUUUUUCAUCCACAACCUGGCUCAGAUGAAGUUCACAGGCUCAGACGACCGGCUGACCCUUUCCUUUGCCCCCCGAACACACACACUCAAGAGCUCUGGCCGCAUCAGUGAUGUUUUCCUCUGCCGCCACGAGAAGACUUUCCACCCCAACAAGGGCUACGUUUAUGUGGUAAAGGUGAUGCGAGAGAACACUCACGAGGCCACUUAUAUCCAACGGACGUUUGAGGAGUUCCAGGAAUUACACAAUAAGCUACGGCUGCUCUUCCCUUCUUCCCAACUGCCCAGCUUCCCUAGUCGCUUCGUGAUUGGACGCUCGCGGGGGGAGGCGGUGGCCGAGCGGCGGAGGGAGGAGUUAAACCGCUACAUUCGGCACUUGACCCACGAAGCCCCCGAGGUGGCCGAGUGUGAUUUGGUGUACACCUUCUUUCACCCCCUGCCCCGAGAUGAGAAGGCUGCGGGCACCAGCGCAGCUCCCAAGUCCUCAGACGGCUCAUGGGCCCGGCCUGUCGGGAAGGUGGGCGGGGAGGUGAAGCUGUCCAUCUCCUACAAAAACAAUAAACUCUUCAUUAUGGUGAUGCAUAUUCGGGGCUUGCAACUGCUCCAGGAUGGGAAUGACCCGGAUCCCUACGUCAAGAUUUACCUCCUCCCUGACCCUCAGAAAACCACUAAGAAGAAAACCAAAGUGGCCCGGAAAACCUGCAACCCCACGUACAAUGAGAUGCUGGUGUAUGAUGGGAUCCCCAAGGGAGACCUGCAGCAGCGGGAGCUGCAGCUGAGUGUGCUGAGUGAGCAAGGAUUCUGGGAGAACGUUCUCCUCGGGGAGGUGCACAUCCGUCUGCGAGAGCUGGACCUGGCCCAGGAGAAGACUGGCUGGUUCGCCCUGGGAUCUCGAAGUCACGAGACCUUGUGAGCCCAGCAGAGCCCUCCCCUUUCCCCCCUCCCCCGCCCAGGACCCCAGGCUGCUGGGGGAGCCAAGGGAGAGGACUCAUCCCCUGCUCCAGGGGCCCUUUCCUUGCGAAGGGGCAGGGCCCUUGGUGGGCCUCCCCUCUGUCCAGGCAGAUCGGGCCUCUGUGACAGGAGGUAGGGAGAGUAAGAUGAUCUCCGCUGUCCCCUCCUCUGCGAAGUGAAUUUGGGUUCGUUGUGAUGAGCAGCCCCUUGGAGGCUGUGAGGUGGCAGCAAAGUUUUAAGUUUACCUUGUGUCAAGGGAGCAAUGCCUGGUUUGGGGUGAGUGGGGUGGGCUGUAUGAAGUAGCAUUUGCGGGGAGGGUGGGUGGAUUAU